AGCUAUGAUGCUAACAUCUUGUUAGCCUUGUGUGCUGACAGUUUCGCAUCUAGUUGGAUGGAGGAGAAAACGCCUGCGUGUUAUUAAGGGAGGGGUUUCCAGAGACUGGGAGCACUUCCUGCAGUCUCCUCCCCGAUCAUCCUCCUCUGGCUGGAUUUGAAAAUGUAGCCAAGUGGAUCAUCUCUGCAGCACCUCACCGUUCUUGUCCUGGCAUAACCAGUGUCCUCUCACCUCCACCCUCUCCCACCUUAACUGUGGAGCACUUUGGCCCCUAACCAGGGCUGCUUAGUGCGUCAGUCAGUCCGUCCCUGGUGAAAGCCCCUGCUGUCCUCAGCCAUGCUGUUCUCCCUGAGGGAGCUGGUCCAGUGGCUGGGCUUCGCCACCUUUGAACUCUUCCUCCACCUGCUAGCUUUGCUGAUCUUCAGCAUGCUGGUUGCUCUGCGAGCUGACAUGUUCACCCCCACGCUGAGCUGGUGGCUGGUGUUCGUCCCGUUAUUUGCUGCCGAUGGCCUCAGUACCUACUUCACGGCCAUCGUGUCCAUCCGUCUGUACCAGGAGAAUGAGAAGCGUCUGGCGGUGCUGCGGCUCCUCUGGGUGCUCACGGUGCUCAGUCUGAAGCUGGUGUGCGAGGUGCUGCUGUGCCAGAAGCUGGCGGAGCAGGAGCAAGCCAGAGACCUGUGGUUUGGCCUCAUCGUGUCGCCGCUGUUUAUCCUGCUGCAGCUGUUGAUGAUACGAGCAUGCCGUGUCAACUGAGGAGAGGCAGUGUUAGAGGUUGUGCUUCAGUGACGACACAAGAACAGAGAGCAAUCUUCAUCUGCCAUAAGAGAUUUAAAACAUAACAAUGGUGUCAUUUUUCUUGUGGCUCUUUGCUACUUUUUUUAACAACUAAAAAACCCAAACAGUUUUUUCAAAGAGAUGUUCCCAGAUUCACACUAGAAUUUGUAUACAUUUGUGUGUCUAAUAGCUUCAAAGAGAUCAAAAAAUGUCAUUACUUGCUAAAGUUAUAAAUGCAGUAUUUCUCUUCCCAGAACAGUGGAAGCUCUUAUAGUGAUCACAUGCUUUUGGCCAUGCAGCGUGAACAUACCUAAAAGGGGACACCACCUAAAUUAAGAAUUCCAAUAUGUGUUUUCCAUGGAAAGUUCAGUCAAUUUGUAUGAACAUGAUUCCUCUCUUCCUCAAAGUCAGAAACCUGAAGUUAAUCUCAAACUUGUGAUGUCCUCCAAGUAUAAAAUCUGGAGCGACUCCGUUGACAAUGAAUGGGAGCCUGAUUUUUUUGGAUCCACAAUGUUUGUUUUCUUUUUUUAUAUGCAAAAUGAGCUUUAUUCUAAUAUAGUUUUAUUAGUUCAGAAACAGAAAAUGUACCCAUACACUCAGAACAUUGCCCUUUCUGAUUUCAGCGUCCAUAACUUCUGUUACUUUUUAUUGUCGAUGGAGCAGCUCCAGACUUUAUACGCUAUAACAUCACAAAUGUGAGUCUCAGAACUGUAGUUUAUGGAUUUGGAAGAGUUUUGCAUUUUUACUAACAUUUUUGGACAGUCUUGGACCAUACAAAUAAUGUGUAUACAUUUUUAAAACGUGUGAAGUUCCCCUUUAAUGGUACCUUUUGCUGUAGUAAACCUUAAGUUCAUUCUGAAGACUGAAUGGGAGUAAAUUCAAUGAAUAUCAAUGAAUUCAUUGUUUUUCCCAGUUGUUUUGAACCCCCUUUUCAGCCGGGUCAAUUAUAGCUGUAAGUUUUAUAUACUGAUGAUAUACAUAUAUACUUAUGGGUUAAAGAGUCAGAGCAGUAUGUGUGUAUUUGGGACAUGUUGUGCCUUUACAUUGUGCAAUCAGUGGUAGACAAUGAGCCAUGAGGAAAAUCUAUACCGGAGUUGUGUUUUAAUGUACUUGUACACAUGAAAAUUUUAUAAACAGGUGAAACUGAAUGGCUGUAAUGUCCCAUGCAAAUGUCACUGGUAACAGAGUUCUAGAAGUUGCUGCAGCUUUGUUGCUUUCUCCUCCAAAAGAAGACAUUGCUCGCCAUCAAAAUUUGAUUUAUUGUCAUGUGUCUCACUUUGUUGCCUGUUGCAGGGAGAGUUGCUCACACAGUCCCCUUCCCCCCGAAGAACUGAAUGUGAUUUCCGCGAGCAGUCAGUUGUGUGCACAUGUCUUCCCUGAAUAUUGCUGUUUAUUUGUACAGUAUGUAACAUAUUUGAUCUGAGUUUACCUUGUGUAUGUGCUGCAUGUAUUUAAGGCCUCAUUUUAAGGUAAUUCCGGAUGUGAAAUUCUGUGUAAUAUGUAUAUGUUGAUUUUUUUUUUUUUUUUUUUUUUGGAAAGAAAUUCACCAAAUCUUAUUUAUGUUCUUGUAUGGCACUGUUAUUGUCAUCUGUAUAUACAUGUAAAUAAAUUAUCAACAUUUAUCCAGUGUCUAAUGAAUAUUUAAACGUGGUAGUCGGUCUAAGUCUGUUACUGGACCACAAGAUGGCACUACUGGCGUUUUAUAUAGUGUGUACACCAUAAUGUAAAGGACCAUACUGAUAUUUAUGUUUGCACGUUUUUGUUUUUUUUUGUUGUUGUUUUUUUUAAUUUAUUUAUUUUAAUAUGUGUUAAUGCUUACUCUGGUGUUGUACAGUAAAUUCAGCACAGGGUGAAAAUCAGUUUGCAGACUUCAAUAAAAUGCAUCACAGUGCAUAGGCCUAUCCUAUGUUUUUCUGUGGGUUUUGCUCAGGAUAAGCAUUAUUUUUGCAUGUAGACAUGUUAAGUGAUUGAUUAAAUUGUAAAUCUGUAGAAUUUCAUGUCUUGUCCAUGCAAUAUUUCAGA